AUGGUCCGACACGCCUUCACGGCCGCCGUUGCGGCGGCAGCCGUCGUUGGAUCCGCCUUCGCCCAGAAGUGCACCAGACAGAGCAAAUGCCCCAAGGACACGCCCUGCUGCGGCCUCUACGGCGACUGUGGUGUCGGCGCCUUCUGCUUGGGAGGAUGCGACCCGACCAUGUCGACCACCUUCGACUCGUGCGUGCCGAACCCCAUCUGCAAGUCCAACACGUACCAGUUCACCGACCUGAACGACAUCCAAUCCAUCGACAAGUACCUCGGCGACAACUCCAAGAUCAACUGGCAGGCCCAAGGCAACCCCGUCAAGUACCCGUCGGGCGGCGUUGCUCUGACCAUGGCUGAGGGCACGGUCGGAACGCUGCUUGCCUCAACCUUCUACGUAUGGUACGGCAAGAUCUGCGCCACCAUGUCCACCAGCCGGGGUCAGGGUGUCGUGACCGCUUUCAUCAUGAUGUCGGACGUCAAGGACGAAAUCGAUUUCGAGUUCAUUGGCAACGAUAUCAACAACGCCCAGUCCAACUGGUACUCGCAAGGUGUUACCAACUACGAGAACAUGGAGAAGCUCAAGGUCUCGCCCGACACCGUAGGCGACACGCACGAAUACUGCAUCGACUGGUCCGAAGACGAGCUUAGUUGGUCCGUCGACGGCAACAAGGGCCGCACCGUGAAGCGCACCGACUCGUGGAACGCGACUGCUGGCCGCUUCGACUUCCCCCAGACCCCUUCGCGCGUCAUGCUGUCUCUCUGGCCUGCCGGUCUUCCCUCAAACGGCGAGGGAACCAUCGAGUGGGCUGGUGGUGAAAUCGACUGGAACAGCAAGUAUAUGACCAACGGCAUGUACGCUGCCCUUGUCACCAAGGUCACCGUGGACUGCUACGACCCCCCAUCUGGCAUCAAGUCGACCGGGUCCAAGAGCUACAAGUACACCAGCAACAUGCCCACCAACAACACGGUUGAGAUCACAAACGACUUUGUUGUCUUGGGAUCCCUCAUGGACACUGGUGACGAGCCUGGUUCCACCGCUUCCGCGUCCAAGUCCAGCUCCGCCGCCAAGUCGACCAAGUCUGUCAACAUGGUUCCGGGAGGAAACCCGGGUGGCGGUGCCCGCCAGGAAACCGCCGUCGCUGCCCAGAACACUGCCCAGGCUACGUCGGGAUCGUCAAGCACUGGCUCUUCAGGCAGCAGUGGAAGCGGCGAUUCCGGCAGCAGUGGCUCAAGCAGCGGUAGCAGCACCGGCGGCGGCUUCGUCCAAGGCGAUGGCAACAGCGGUAGCUCUGGCACUGGCUCUGGCGCUGCUGCUUUGGAACCUGGACUCGCCAAGAUCGGUGGCUCGGCCAUCGCCAUUGUCUUCGCUGUCUUCGGCCUUCUUGUCCUAUAA